UCUGAGGAGGCAGGCCGGUGAUUUUCCACUGCCGCCGAUGUCUCUGGUCCCCCGGUUGUAGGAGACAAAGGUCAGCAAGAGGAGCUUAUAAAUAGGCUAAAAUAAAGGCUUCUGACGCGUUCACGCUCCACUCGCUCUCACGGACACGGGAGGACUCGGACAAGAAGACACGGACAAGGGAGUGCGCGUAAAGGACAAAAAAGAGGACAAAAUUACAUCCUAAAAACAUCACAUCACCGGAGCAGAAUGGCUCAAAAAGAGAAACUCCAGUGUUUGAAGGACUUCCACAAGGACACUUUGAAGCCGUCUCCUGGUAAGAGCCCUGGCACUCGGCCUGAAGACGAGGCGGAGGGCAAACACCCCCAGAGGGAGAAGUGGGCCAGCAAGUUGGACUUUGUUCUGUCUGUGGCCGGCGGCUUUGUGGGUUUAGGGAAUGUUUGGCGUUUCCCGUACCUCUGCUACAAGAAUGGUGGAGGUGCAUUUCUCAUCCCCUACUUCAUCUUCCUGUUUGGCGGUGGCCUGCCAGUCUUCUUCCUGGAAGUCGCCCUCGGUCAGUACACUUCUGAGGGUGGCAUCACCUGCUGGGAGAAGCUCUGUCCCAUCUUUACUGGCAUUGGUUAUGCCUCCAUUGUGAUUGUGUCCCUCCUGAAUAUCUACUACAUCAUCAUCCUGGCCUGGGGUGUCUACUACCUGUUCCAGUGUUUCCAGCCGGAGCUGCCCUGGGCCAAGUGCAACCAGCCGUGGAACACCGAACACUGCAUCGAGGACACCUAUCGCAAGAACAGAACCUUCUGGAUUGCCGCCAACGCCUCCAACUUCACCUCCCCCGUCACCGAAUUCUGGGAACAUAAUGUGCUGGGUAUCACCAGUGGCAUUGAGGAGAUGGGUCCUAUUAAAUGGGACCUGGCUCUGUGUUUGCUGCUCGUCUGGGUCAUCUGCUUCUUUUGCAUCUGGAAGGGAGUGAAGUCCACUGGAAAGGUGGUUUACAUCACGGCCACGUUCCCGUUUGUCAUGCUCAUCGUCCUGCUGAUCCGCGGUGUGACUCUGCCAGGUGCUGCUGAGGGCAUCAAGUUCUAUCUGUAUCCAGACCUCGAGCGCCUGAAGGACCCAGAGGUGUGGAUUGAUGCCGGCACUCAGAUCUUCUUUUCCUACGCCAUUUGUUUGGGCGCCAUGACAUCCUUGGGGAGCUACAACAAAUACAAAUACAACUGCUACAGGGACUGUUUGCUGCUGGGAGCCCUCAACAGUGGUACCAGUUUUGUGUCUGGCUUCGCAAUAUUUUCCGUCCUGGGCUUCAUGGCACAAGAGCAAGGGGUGGACAUUGCUGAUGUGGCAGAGUCAGGUCCAGGCCUGGCGUUCAUUGCCUACCCCAAAGCCGUUACCAUGAUGCCUUUCCCUACAGUCUGGGCGAUCCUCUUCUUCAUCAUGCUGCUGCUGCUUGGCCUCGACAGUCAGUUUGUGGAGGUGGAAGGUCAGAUCACAUCACUGGUGGAUCUGUAUCCAUCCUUCCUAAGGAAGGGUUACUGCAGAGAGGUUUUCAUCGCUAUCAUUUGCUGCAUCAGCUACCUUCUUGGACUCACUAUGGUUACCAAGGGUGGCAUGUAUGUUUUCCAGCUGUUUGACUACUAUGCAGCGAGCGGUGUGUGCCUUCUGUGGGUGGCAUUCUUUGAAUGUAUAGCUGUUGCCUGGGUUUAUGGCGCUGAUAAUUUUUAUGUUGCUAUCGAGGACAUGAUUGGCUACAAACCAAAUCCGUGGAUGAAAUGGAGCUGGACUGUUGUCACUCCUUUACUGUGCAUGGGCUGCUUUAUCUUCUCUCUGGUUAAAUACAAGCCACUGACGUACAACAAGGUGUACCAGUAUCCUGACUGGGCCAUCGGGGUCGGCUGGACUCUGGCCUUGGCCUCCAUGAUCUGCAUCCCCAUGGUGGUCGUCAUCAAAAUCAUCCAGUCCGACGGGCCGCUCAUCGAGAGGAUCAAGGCGGUGGCGGCCCCGGUUCGUGGCGGAGCCAGCUCCCGUCCCGCGGACCACCGUGGACCCAAUGACCUCACCCUCCCGCUGGACCCCAACGGGAACCAAGGUCUCCUGAUGAAGGCCCCCACCCACACAAUCGUAGAAACCAUGAUGUAAAGGAACGAGGGGGCGGGUCUCAAUGAGAUCACGCUCCGCCCCUGUCCUCAAACGCUUCUCAAGCUAGCUAGCUCUUUUCUGUCUUUGUCUUUCUGGUGGACUAAUGAGGGUUUAAGGAAACACAAACUCACAUUUCAAAUCUUUUACGGUGACUUCAGACCUCGCAGCAUCCGGCCUUACCUUUCAUUUCUGCUGUGAGUCGGGACGCUGCAGCGAGGAGAGUUAGCUCGGACCUCAGGUCAGAGCUAGCUUCUGUUGUAGCCACAGGUUUAAAGUUUAAAAAGAAACAUUUAAAACGCUGUCGGGUUCAGCUUGGACCUGAUUGGUUCUCCUGUGCACAGUAGCUCCACAUAAAGUGCGUCAUCCAGGUGUGAAUUCUGAACGACUGGGUUUCACAGCAGCGAACAGCAAACAGAAGGCCUGCUGCUGCACAGAGCCAGGUAUCUGUGAGGAUUUGAAGUGUGACAGUUGAACCCUUGAGUGUGUUGUGUGUGGCGUACUGUACAGUAGUAGCUAUCAGUCUAUCUAUAUUUAUCUCUAUCUUUGUGUCCUAGACCAGUUUACAGCACACUAGUUACUGCAGUAGACACUCUUGACUCAAACGUUUCGAUUCAGUUUUGUUUUUGUUCUGCAGAAGAAUACAUUAUUCUAAUAUUAUUAUUAGUUUAUUUUAUUGUUUUGUCCUCUGCAAGUGUUUAGGUCGUUUUAUUAUUAUUAUUAUGGGUAUUCACUAUUAAAUUGCUGUAGUUUUACUUAUAACCUCAAUUCUGAAAUGUUGGGAUGUUGAGUAAAAUGUCAAUAAAUUGCAAAUGAAGUCA